AGGAUCAAGAAGAUGACCACCAACAUGAAAAUCAUGUCUUUUGCUAUGCUACUUGUUCUUUUGUUCUCUAUUGAUGUUGUCGUUGAAGGAUCCGAUAGUUCGUUGUGCUGUAAGACACAUCCGAAAUUUGGAGCGUGCAAAACGUACCACGAGAGAAUGAGAUGCGACAAGUGGUGUCGUGAUGGAUGUGAUAAUAAGAAAGGCGGUCUUUGCAAACGCGUUUUUGGUGGAGCAAAAAAAGAACAGUGCCAUUGUUACUGUUAAAACACCUCUCCCUUAUA